CCGUUUUCUCAAGUCAUGGCGGCAUGGGCGUCCACCCUGAACUGUCAAUCAUGUGGACGGGAGUGUGCCUCCGCUUGCGGGUCUAGAUACUUCAGGACUUGCUGUUUCAACUACCUGAGGAAGAAGCGAGGCUCCGACACAUUUAAGAUUGUCUCCAGCAUCAAUGAUCUGCCAUUCAUCCCAAAGCCUAAGAUCAUUAUAGAAAACCUAGAUGCAUGGGACGACGAACCUAUUGAAGUCUAUCAAGUGGAAAACAGGAUUCUGGAUGCGUAAUUGUUUAUUAUAAUUACAAU